AUGGAAAUAAAUAUCAAACAUAAUCAAAAAGAAAAUACCGAAUUCGAAUAUUCUGAGGAACUUCCUUCCUCGACUUCUGAAAGUGAUCAUAUAUCUUCUCAUUCAGAUGCAGAAUCUGACAAAUUUGGUGUUCAUAAUGUUGAAAUUUAUGCCAAAUAUUAUUCCACUCCGGUCAAACGAUUCCUCAUUUUUUUCUCAUUAUUCACAAUUGCAUAUGCAUAUGGUCUAGAUAACUCCGUUCGUGGUACUUAUCAAACUUUAGCUACCUCUUCAUAUAAUCAACAUUCAUUACUAUCAACUGUGUCAUGCAUUAAAGCAGUUAUUUCAGCUGCUGCUCAAAUUUGGUUUGCAAGAUCCGCUGAUAUGUUUGGAAGAACCACAAUUUUAAUGAUUUCAAUUGUUUUUUAUGUUGUAGGUACUGUCGUCGAAUCUCAAGCCGUGGACGUUUCGAAAUUUGCUGCUGGUGCAUGUCUAUAUGCAGUAGGUCAUUCAGCUAUUGUGCUUUUCUCUGAAGUUUAUGUAGCAGAUUUCUCAAAUUUGAAUUGGAGAGUAACUGCCGCGGCUGCUCCUUUGUUACCAAACGUUAUUAAUACUUGGAUCAGUGGUGAUAUUACCGCAGCAAUCGACGAAAAUUGGAAAUGGGGUAUCGGAAUGUGGGCUUUCAUUUUCCCUCUAUCUUGUAUACCUAUGGGUGCUUGUAUUCUACAUAUGAAAUACUUGGCAAAGAAAAAUAAAGACGAUUUAAAAGUCGCCUUUAAAAAACCAGAACAUUAUACUUGGUCUCAAUAUUUGGUUGAUGUCUUUUUUUGGAAGUUGGAUCUAGUAGGGUUGUUACUUUUAGUUGCGAUAUUUGGUAUGAUUUUAAUCCCAUUUACUUUAGCUGGUGGUGAAGAAAAAGUAUGGUCAACAGCCCGUAUAAUUGUUCCUGAAGUAUUAGGUUGGGCAUUUGCUUUGCCAUUAUUCUUGGUAUGGGAAAUAAAAUUUGCCCGCUAUCCAUUAACUCCAAAAGAUGCGUUAAAAAACAGAGGGAUUGUAUCUGCUUUAGUACUAGUUUUAUUUUUGCAAUUUGCAUAUCAAAUGCAGAGUACUUAUCUGUAUACAGUUCUGCUAGUUGCCGUCGACGAAAGUAAAAAAUCUGCUACUAGAAUCAAUAAAUUAUUCUCAUUUGUUUCUGUCAUUACAGGAUUCCUUUCUGGAUUUGUUGUAGCUAAGGUGAGAAGAACUAAAGAAUUUAUUUUCUUCGGUAUUGGUGUUUGGUUUAUAUCGUUUGGUCUAAUGAUUAGAUAUACAGGGGGGUUAGAUUCCCACGUUGGUAUAAUUGUAGCUCGUUGUAUAUUAGGUUUUGGUAAUGGUUUCCUGAAAUUUCCAGCUAGAGCCUCUAUUCAAGCUUCUGCUUACAGUCAUGAGAUGAUGGCCGUUAUGACAUCCUUGUUUUUAGCGGUUAGCAGUAUUGGUUCUGCUUUUGGUGAUGCAGUAGCAGGGUCCAUUUGGACAAAUGUAUUACCGGGUAAAAUUUCAGAAGGUAUUACCAAUGAAACGUUAGCUGACUAUGCGUACGGUUCGCCAACUAAAUUCAUACUUAAAUACAAAUGGGACACACCAGAAAGACAAGCUGUUGUUGAAGCUUACAAGGUUAUAGGUAGACUGUUGAAUAUCGUUGGUAUUUGUUUAUUGGUGCCAUUACUUAUUAGUGCCUUCUUUUUGAAAAACAGAAGAUUAGAAGAUGUUGUCUCGUUCGAUAAAUUUGAUAAAAUGAAUAGCGAAAACGCUGAAGACAGUGUUUUGGAGGAGACUAGCAAAGAAAAAGAAAAAGAAAAAGUUUAA